AUGGAGUGCUCUGAUAUUCAUGAGUUCGAUAUUUCAGAGGAGACAGUUAAAAAGCUUGAGGCAACUGGCAUAACGAAGCUUUAUAAAGUUCAAGCUGAAACAUAUGAACAUAUUAAAAAUGGCCAAGAUGUUAUAACAUUAGCCAAAACCGGAUCUGGCAAGACCUUGGCUUUUUCAAUCCCAUUGAUUGAGUUGAUGAAAGCGGAAUCCAUUCGCUUUGAUAGAUUUCGUACUCCCAUGGCUAUUAUUCUUGCUCCAACUCGAGAGCUCGUUGUUCAAACCACUAAGGUUCUUCAGUCCAUUGCCCCAGAUGGAAUGUCCGUAAUAGCCUUAUAUGGAGGUGUAGCCUACGAUCAACAAGUUCGGGCGCUUAGAUCUGGUGUUGACAUUGUUGUUGGUGCACCUGGCCGCGUUAUUGAUCUGAUGGAGAGUGGAAAAUUAAAACUAACCUCUAUUAAAUUUGUUAUUCUUGAUGAGGUGGACAGGAUGUUAGACAUGGGCUUCAGUGCUGACGUCGAAAAGAUUCUCUCAUCGGUUUAUGAUUCAGAGACCAAACCCCAAACUCUCCUGUUUUCAGCUACAUUGCCGAACUGGGUUUCAAAUAUCUGCAAACGUUAUGUAUCCAAGGAUUGUCAUAAAAUUUCCCUUGUAAAUAAAGAGGAGGCACGUACAGCCGACCGAGUUGAACACUUAGCUAUCAAUUGCCCCUAUCAUGAGAGGGCAAGAGCCUUAGCAGACACCAUUCGAGUUUAUUCAAAGGGUCCAAAUUCAAGAUGCAUUGUUUUCUGUGAAAAGAAGAAGGAAGCUGAUGAAUUGGCUGCCCAUGAAAGUAUGCAAGAUAAUUGUCACGUGUUUCAUGGCGGUAUUCCUCAAGAUAAGCGCGAGUUCAUCCUUCAGAAAUUUCGUGAAGGCAAAUAUAAGACCCUAAUGACAACCAAUGUUGCUGCUAGAGGACUAGAUAUUCCAGAUGUAGAGUUAGUUAUUCAAUGUGCUCCUCCAAGUUCAGUUGAAGACUAUAUUCAUCGAUCCGGUAGAACUGGUCGGGCUGGACGUAGUGGCAUAAGUAUUGUCUUCUAUACCAAUAAACAAAAGUCUUCUCUCACAUUUGUCGAGCGAGGUGCGGGUAUCACAUUCAAGCGUAUUUCGGCUCCAUCUGCGAACGAGAUUGUCGAUGUCUGUGCUGAGGAGUUGUCUCAGACUUUUGCAGAGAUUCCCGAAACGAUUUGGUCGGCCUUUUUGCCCGCAGCUCGACGCUUAGUUCAGUCUCUUCAUACUUCUGUAAAUACAGAGGAUCUAGAGUCCACCAAAAAGUUGAAAAAAUCAAAGAAGUCCAAGAGAAAACCAGAGGCCGAGGAACAGCAAAAUAAUGGCCAUGUUGAGAUACCCACUUGUAUCUAUGAAAAGGUUCUUUGUUGUGCUCUGGCUAAAAUCUCCGGUAAAUUAAAGGCAAUUGAAAGCAGAUCGGCUCUCACGGCGUACCCGGGAAUGACCGCUUAUCGACUAGAUAUUCCAGAGAACAUGACUGCCCACAAAAAGGGUCUUUGUUACUCCCUUCUCAGUAAUCAGCUGGAUCCAGAAACCACUGAAAGUAUUCGCAAUUUGUCCUUCAUCAAGGGGCGAAAGGGUUAUGUAUUUGACGUGCCAGACGAUAAGGUCGAGAUUAUCGAUUCCACCUGGGAGAACGGUAGUCGAGGAAUAAUGCUUUCAAAGCUCACUGAAAUACCAGAACUGGAACCAGAGGCUGAUGAAAUGAAUGGAAGUAGAAAUGGAAACUUUCGGUUUGGUAAUGGUAAUGGUUUCCGUGGUGGUUUUAGAGGUCGUGGCUCCAACGGCGGAGCUGGUCGCUUCAAUGGUGGCGGAUUUGGUCGUGGUGGUAAUUUCCGAGGUGGUCAAGGAGGUUUUGGCCGUGGAGGAGGAGGCCGCGGAAUGAAACGACGUAUGGAUUUUGAUUCGGAUUCACGUGGUCCAGCUAAACAAGCGAGAUAUGAAUAA